GAAGGAGAAGGGUGGAAGGGAGGUACUGACUCCAGCUUGAGGACUGAGGGGCAGGGGUGCGUGGACAGAGAGCGGAGGAUUAUUAAGAUACUCAACUCUGGACAGAAAGUCUCUGUUCAUGUAAUAAUGUCAUUGCUUUAGCAUAAUUAAUUAUUGAGUGCCAGUGCUACGAACCGGACAUAAUAGAUGACUUCUCUCACCUUCCAUCUAUUGUGCUGUGAUUCUGGGGGGGGGAAAAAAAAGGAGGCAGCCAUUGGGGACCAGGAAGUGGGCAGUAAGAUGAAAGGUUGACCAGGCAAAGCUGGGAAGACGGGGGCCAUGGAGAGAAGAGCAUCACGGGAAGAGUAGUCCUCUCUUUCUCUCAAGGGCGUUACAAUUUACAAGGAGUUUUUCACGUGCAUUUUCUCUCUUAAUCUUCACAACAGCCUUAUGAGGUAGGUACCACUAUCCCCAGGUUACAGAUGAGGAAACUGAAGCUCAGAGAUGUUGUGACUGGCCCAAGGUCACACGGGUCGUAAGUAGCAGAGCCAGGACUUGCAGGUUCAAGUUCAGUGCUCUUUCUACUUGAGGAAUUUGCACUGGACAGGGCAUUUGCCCUGAGAUAUAGCCAUGGUGCCUGAGAGGUGUCUCCCACUAAGCUGAAGGGUGUGGGCCAGACAAACACCGGAAGGUGACCUCACAACACAGGGUAAACGUGGGCAUGGAGUAACUGGUAACAGAGAGGAAGAUUCUGGGUGUUGGAGUAUAAAGUAACAGGGGAGCUGGGUGUGGGAGCAAGGGCCGGAAUCACAGCACCUCAGGGUUACCAGCGAGGUUAAAUGUGAGCUGGUCCAACUACUCACCUGAUGUCCACAUUCCCUCUGCCACAUCCAUGCCUACACACUGACCUCCUCCCGCUGCUCGAAUGCCCCAGUGACGGGAAAAUCACUCUCUCCCAUGAUGUUUCAAUCUUUCUUCAGCGGGAUUCCACGGUCGGGACAGACUUCCUUACACAGAGUACAGAUCCAGUGAAUUCUUCGCAUACAGAAAGUCAAAGCCCGCCCAGUCUUUCAAUAUUUUAUUAUGGCUUUUAUUAUGGUGAUUGCUCACCCUCCCUGUUAGUCUUCUCUCCUCCAGGCAGAACCUCCCCAGCGCUCUCAACCCUUGCUCAAGGGCAAGAUUCCAGGGACAUAGCCAACAACCGCCGAGAGCUCCGUCGCCUGGGCAUCACCCACGUCCUCAAUGCCUCGCACAGCAGGUGGCGAGGGACACCGGAGGCCUACGAGGGGCUGGGUAUCCGCUACCUGGGUGUCGAGGCUCACGACUCGCCAGCCUUUGACAUGAGCAUCCACUUCCAGACGGCUGCCGAUUUCAUCCACCGGGCACUGAACCAGCCAGGAGGGAGGAUCCUGGUGCACUGCGCGGUGGGAGUGAGCCGGUCCGCCACACUGGUCCUGGCCUACCUCAUGCUGUACCACCGCCUCACCCUCGUGGAGGCCAUCAAGAAAGUCAAGGACCACCGAGGCAUCAUCCCCAACCGGGGCUUCCUGCGGCAGCUCCUGGCCCUGGACCGCAGGCUGCGGCAGGGGCUGGAGGCAUGAGGGGAGGGGAAAGGAGGUCAGGCCAGGUGCGGGGGGUCCCUGGCUCCAGGCUGGAGGGAGGAGGCCCAUACAUCCUAUCCUCUCCUGUAGGCGGGAGAGCGAGAGGCCUGAGGCUCAGGGCUGCUGUCGCUAUUUGCCAGGAGGGGGCUGGGGAGUGAGGUCGGGUGGGGUGCUGGGCCCCGGGAGGGAGCCGACCAGGGAAGGAAGCAGCCACGCUGUCGUUGGAAAGCAGUCCUGGGAUUCAGACACCCCAGAUUUCAGCCAGGCUGCUUGCAGUGACCCAGAGCCCCUUCCCCCACGUUGUGCCCAAGUGUUCCCCCUCGCUCCCUUGUCUAAACAAAAGUGCCAUGUGUGCCCUGCGCCUGUGCAGGAGUCAGGGAUGCCGCAAGCACCAAUGUGAUGGUCUAGACGUGUGUGUAGAUGGUGGUGUAGAGACAGAC